GUUCGGGCUGUGAUUACGCCGAUCUUGAAGGGACAUGGCGACAGGCGCCGACGCCAUCGGGUGGCGCGUCGAAGUCUUCUGGGAAGACGAGGAGCAAUGGUUCCAAGGUGUCAUCACAGAGUACUCGGAAGACGACGGCUACUACGUCUGCUACGACGAUGGCGACGAAAAGUGGCAGCCCAGUGCAGCACCGGACGCGAUGCGUUUCCUGGCCAACACGAUCGCUGUCGACGAUGCAAGCACCGAGCUAAAAGGCGCGUCGCCCGUGGCCGCGAGUCACGACUACUCGGAGGACGGGUUCGAAGACAAGCUCGAGAUUCCGAUUCCAUCGUCGUUGGAUGACGGCAACCCAUUGCUCGAAAGCGACGAAGAAGUAACACCAGAGCCCACCCCAAGAGAAGUGUCGGACACGCCACAGCAAGCCAGGGUCGCCGAACCACGGUGGACGGCGCCAGUCACAGCACCGCUCGCUCGCGCUCGGACAGCGCCAGCCAAGCCAACGCGCAAACCCGCGAGCAACUCCGUCUUCUUUAAAGACCGGGAAGAGCUGCAAGAGAUGCGCGCCAAGCUCGAGGCUACAAAAGCAGCGUUAACGGACGAGCUCGGGAAGCUCAAGGCGUCGCUCAAAGCUGCAGAUUCAACAUCUGCGCAGCUCAAACAGACCAUGUCGGAGCUCACUGCCAAGCUCACCGUCGCGCAGCUCCACCCUGCGACGGCCACGCCCAAUGCAUCGUCGAUGGACGAACGCAUGCUCGAGCUAACGACACGCAACCGCCAAAUGACUACCGAAAACGCAGAGCUCGCCACGACGAAACGCGAGAUUCAAGGACGCGUGGAUGCGCUCCGAGCAAAAGCAGAUGCGCUGAGCACCAAGUGGGCCAACGUACCCCAGAGGCACAAAAUCACGCUUGUCGAAGUGCAACUUGAGAUUGCACUUUUGCUGCAGCACAAGAAUAACUUGGAAGCAACGCUAGCGACGCGCAAGGUGCCGCCCAAGCCUACAACGACGGUCGAUGUUGACCACAAGGCCAAGCUGGCAGCCGCCGAUGCCCGGAUUUGGGACCUGAAGCGCGAGAGCCACGACUGGAAGCAGCGGUUCGAGCAAGAACAGGCGAAAGCGUCUGCGCUCGAUGCCCGGCGCGUGCACCUUGGCGAGCAACUUGCGCGGUUUCGGUCCUCGAAAGCUCUCUUGCGCCGCGCGUUUGAUCGAUGUGAUGGCAUUGGCAAUGGGACACUUACCCUCGACGAGACAGUGCAAGUACUGCGCUUGCUGUCGCCCGGCGACAACGGCGGCGACGACUUGGAGGCCUCGAUUCGCAUAUAUUUUGCGGCGGCCGACGCCAACCAUGACAGCGCAAUCGACUUCGACGAGUUUUGCAAGGCAUUUGAGCACCUCAUGACGGCAUAGUCGUCCGACUCGAGGUGACGUUCGAGAUCAAUUGAUAAAACACAGAAAACGCAGCCAAUUAUAAUGAAUAGAAACGAUUCACGG